UUGGAUUAUCCUCCUCAUCGCUCGUCUCAGGUUUUCCUUCCUCCAUCAACCUCAACUUUUACUAGGGUAGGAAUCCAACCGACCAAAAGUCGCGCGCCUUCUCGCACGCACGAACGAACGAACGAAGAGAGGGAGAGAGAGAGGGGGAGAAAGAAAAAAAAAAGAGUCUUGUCUUGAAUGACAGGGCAAGUCGUUUGCGGUCUUGGUUUAGCGUGCCGUGACUGGUCCUUGGCCAAUCGUGAGGCGCCUUCUGCCUGUCUUCUAGCCAAUGGUUGGCGGCAUCUCCGAGUCGCGAGGAAAUGAUCUGUGCGCACGGACUGUCUUGACAGAAGAUAGCUCCGCCCCCCCUUGGAGGUACUCGUGUGUCUGAGAGCUAUCGUCACGUGCCCGCGCGGAGAAUGUUGUGAUAAAAGGUGUGAGUGUUCAUAUCGUCUGUUUGGCUUCGCGAUCGUUCUCAGUCGAUGCGGUUGAGAACGAAUGUUGCACACUUCCGAGAAAGCGAAGGAGUUCAGUUCGUUCGGUGAUCUCAGCCAAGCUAGCAGAAUCCGGAUUAGAAGAAGGCUGCAAGUAGUGGGAAGAAGUUGGACGUGAAAGCGAGAUAGAUUAGAUAGAGAGCGUUGUGCUGGAAAUAUUUAUUCUAAUAUACGAUAGAUUUACUGUGACAGAUUCGCAAGAAGGUCUCGCAUCACUGAAGAAAUGCGUUACUUCUUCCACGAUGUGCCUUUGUAGUCUUUUGUAAAACACAGCACCGGGCGUGCGUGUUUUUGUAGUGUGCAAUAUUACUUCUGGAAGACAAGUUUUGUCUCUGUGAAGUGGAACUUGAGAAAAAGUGAAGCUACCAACUCAUCUUUAUAGCAUCAUACAUCAGUGUCUUUGGAUCAUUGUGUGUGUGAGUGUGUUUGUGUGUCUGGCAAUAGCAGCAGUCAGUUCAAAGAGAGGAUCUUUGUUGAUUUUUCCCCCCCUAAAGGCCACGGAUAUCACAGGAAUUUACGCAGACGAGAAGGGCUGUGUACUGAGAGUGUGUUGACUUAAUGCAGAAGACGCGGCUUUUCAGGAGUACCCAGUCCUGCUAGUAACUACAGCCAGCUGUAUGAUGCAGGCCACCUGUCCUCCAGUGGACGCCUCCCAGCUACUUCGUGACAUCUUGCAGAGCAAAGAGAAAUAUCAGGCCCAGCUCCACGACAACAACAACAGCAGCAGCGGCAGCAGCAUCAAAGACAUAUACCCGGCGGCGGACUGCAACUCGGAGAUGAUCUCUCCCCUGCUGCAUAGCAAGUCCAGCGACAUGGCCUACAAUGAUAGGGACAAUGAUAACGACGUCGAGAACGAUAAUGAGAACGAUGGGGAUGUCGAUGUGAAGGUGGAGGGUGGGUAUGCGGGUGAUCGCGUGGGUGACGAGCAGUCUGAUGACCAGGACGAUAGUUUUAUGGACGAUUCCAAUGUUGAAGAUUCAGGGAAAGCUGUUGGAGGCAGCGGCGGUGAUAAUAACAGUAGCCUCAGAUCGGGUACUCCUGCCGUAGGAGAGAGCAAAGAAGCAAAGCGAGCGCAUGUAGAAAAUAUCCUGUCAAAUAUGAGGCAGUCCCCGCCUCCUCACCACCCCCACGACACAAUGGACUCGUCAUUCAGUUCAGCCACGAUGGACGUGAAGAGACAGAAAAGGAAGCAGCCCCAGCCACAGCAACACGACGCGGCUACCAUGAACAACUGCGAGGAGCUGUCUCUGCAGAGGCAGAUGAUGCACUUCCAGGAGCAGAUGCAAGCUGCAAAGCGGAAGCGAGAUGAUGACGUCAGUGUUGAUGACGAGAACCUCGAUAGCGAUGACGAAAUCAGCAGCAAACCGGAAAGUCCUAUAAUGGUUGGGGAGAACACGAAGAGAGCGAGGGUGGAGCAUCUUCUGAGCAGUAUGAGAACGUCCUCCUCGUCACCGCACCACCACGUCGAGAACGGUUUCGACUACAACAAUGGCGUGUCUCCAGACAGCGACAGCGGGAAGAAGCAGAAGAGGAAGCAGACGCAGCCUCAACAGCACGACAACAGCAAAGUGGAGGCGCUCAAAGAGGGUGGGGCCCUCGCGCUGAGGCACGGAGUUCACAGUCAGCUCACGUCUCAUUCAAAAUUCGACUCCAAUAACGAUGACAGUGUCACGGAUGGCCUUGAUAGCUCCAUGAGCGAAGCUAACCACAGCAGCAGCGCCUACAUGGGCCCGGACACCAUGUUCAGGAACAACUGGUAUCGCAGUUUGGCGGAGAAGGAGUUUGCCCCGUCAUAUCACAAUGGGUUCGAUCCUCACUUUUAUCGGGAGAAUUUGUUCAGACAUAAUUUCUUUGGCUUGAGGCCCGAUCUUGAUCCCAUGGCGGCUUUGAGGAACGUGACCAAAAACCUCCACGCACGUACCUCGGAGGCGGGGCAUCCCGGUGAUGGACAGCCCAAAGUCCCGCCCGCUGACCUGUCGAAAAUAGUGAAUGCCCUGAAGAUUGAACUAGUCCAAGCUAUUAACAAAGCUAUUGACAGUGCUGUGACCAAAGUGAUGAGUGAGAAACAGAAUAAUAACUCGGCUAGUGAUGCUCUUGACUCUAAUUCAACGUCACAACAUCAGCAACAACACCAAGACAGACAGCAACAGCAGCAACAACAACAACAACAGCAAAAGCAUCUCCAAUCUCCAAGCUUACCCCUUCAUUUCCCACAACUUCAUCAUCACACCAUGCAACAGCAGCAGCAGCAACAACAACAGCAACAGCACCAGCAACAACCGCACCAUCAACAGCAACAACAGCAGCAGCAACAGCAGCAGACACCACAGCUGCCACCAACAUCUCAAGGAUCUGAGCCCCGAGAAGCGUUGAAAGAAACUGUGAACAACUCCCAACAAGGCGGCGAAAAGAAACCAGAGCUCAUCGUGCCUUUCAGCGACCACCUCCACUUCCUGGAACGUUUCGGGAGUCGACUACACCAAGAGAAGCUCAGCGCUUUCGAACCGCUCCACAAGCCCGAGAGCGACCUGAUCACCCCCCACACUGGACCCUCCAUGCCCUUUCACCCGCAUUUCCCUUACUUCCUCCCGACUCAGAUGCUCCCACCCAUCUACACAGGGGAACCAGAACAGACAGAAGCUCUGCCCCUCAUCGUGAACACCCCAAAGAAGAAGCGCACGAAGGUCACGGACACGCGCCUUAGCUCUCCCCGCGGAGCCAGCGGCGGAAAACCGCCAGGCAUGCUCCUCCAGGACAACACUCCCAGCUCCAGCAUGGACCACGCCGAGGCGCAGCGUCAUCUUGCCGCGGCGUUCCCGCACGCGUUCUUGCCGCCAGCUCUGCCCACGAGCGUGGCCAUCACCAACCCGUCUUUGAGUCACUCGGACCUUUUGGCGCUGCGUCUCAGAGAAGCGAGUUUGGCCGCCGCCGCUGCCGACUCCCGCAUCCCCAGCCCACAGGACCACCACUCCAGAGGCUCCCCGAGGUCGCCAAUAGACUCACCCUUCAUGUACGAGAGGGGCAGCAUGAGCAUGUCUUCUGACAUGAUGGACGCAAACGGCGCCAACGGCCACAUGACGUCCACGCUGACGCCCAUGCACCUGCGGAAGGCCAAGCUGAUGUUCUUCUACACGAGGUACCCCACGUCACCCAUCCUCAAGAUGUUCUUCCCUGACGUCAUGUUCAAUAAGAACAACACGGCACAGCUCGUCAAAUGGUUCUCCAAUUUCCGAGGUCCCCCAGAACUUUAUCCAGGCAGCACAAGCAGCCCUAAAGGAAUUCUUCAAGUCCAUACAAGCGAAUAAAGACGCUGAACCGUCUUGGAAGAAAGCCAUCUACAAGAACAUUGCCCGUAUGGACGCCACCCUGCCAGAGUUUUUCAAGUCACCAAACUGGAUGGAGCAGAUUAGUGAUCAGUGAGGGAAAA